AGGUCAUUUUCCACCAUGUCACAUCCUUCUGGGUGAAGGCAGCAGGGGUCAGGGCAGGAAAUGGCAAAUUCUCAGAAUGAGACAAAGCUUUCCCAGGGCGGCUAUUGGUUCCCUGGAACUAUAAAGCACACUCAUCCAGAAACAGCUUCGGAAUUUUCUUUCCUGGAGGCAGCCAGAAGUGAAUGGGCAUGGAGCGGCCUGCGGCCUGGGAGCCGCAAGGUGCGGAUUCGCUGCGUCGCUUCCAAGGGCUGUUGCUGGAUCGCCGCGGCCAGCUCCACGGCCAGGUGCUGCGCCUGCGCGAGGUGGCCCGGCGCCUAGAGCGCCUCCGCCGGCGAUCCCUGGCCGCCAAUGUGGCUGGCUGCUCACUGAGCGCCGCGGGCGCAGUCGCUGCCAUCGUGGGGCUUUCGCUCAGCCCUGUCACCCUGGGUGCCUCGCUUCUUGCGUCGGCUGUGGGACUAGGGGUGGCCACCGCCGGAGGGGCGGUCACCAUCACGUCCGACCUCUCCCUGAUCUUCUGUAACUCCCGGGAGGUGCGGAGGGUGCAGGAGAUCGCGGCCACCUGCCAGGACCAGAUGCGUGAGAUCCUGAGUUGCCUGGAGUUCUUCUGCCGCUGGCAGGGCCGCGGGGACCGCCAGCUGCUGCAGAGCGGGAGGAACGCCUCCAUGGCCCUGUACAACUCUGUCUACUUCAUCGUCUUCUUUGGCUCACGUGGCUUCCUCAUCCCCAGGCGCGCGGAGGGGGCCACCAAGGUUAGCCAGGCGGUUCUGAAGGCCAAGAUUCAGAAACUGGCGGAGAGCCUGGAGUCCUGCACCGGGGCUCUGGACGAACUUAGUGAGCAGCUGGAGUCCCGGGUCCAACUCUGCACCAAAUCCAGCCGUGGCCACGACCUCAGGAUCUCUGCUGACCAGCCCGCAGGGUUGUUUUUCUGAGAACAUCCUUUCCCCCUAAUGACCUCGGCCUGAAACUACUCCCAUGGGAUGCUCCAGAAAAACACCACUUUGGGCUAAGAACUGAGUGCAAAGAAUGUGAAAGUGGGUGGGUGCUCACAGCCCUUUUCCCAUCACUGACAUGCAGCCUGGGCUUGCAUAUUAGGAACUUCUCACUCGUGUGAUUCUAAUGGAGUUUGUGACCUGAAAACUCUUUUUCCUUUAUCAAGAACCUUUUAGACCUCACAUAGCUGUGCAGAUACACCUGUUUUAGAGUUAUUUCUAGUGGUAGGGGCGGGUCCCCGACCCCGCCCUGAUGAUUUGAGCUGGGGCUGGAGAGGGUGCCACCCUCUGGUUUCUCUCCAAAUCUCACUAGGCUUUGAGGUCCUCAAAAUGCCUGUGAGAGGAGACACUUGCUUUAAAAUCUCUCUUCAGGAGUUUCUGAUAAAAAGAACUCCAGAAUCCUGUUUGGGACCCAGAGAGGGCCAGGAGCUGACAUGCCCUCUUCUUCCUGCCCCCGCCCACAAAGUGUGGUCCCAGGACUGGCUCAUUAGUACCAUCCAGGAACUUGCUGGGAUCACCUAGUAAGUUCUUGUACUCGAUCCCAGAUUUAAGGAAGCAUAAAGUCCGAAUGUGGGGCCCAGCAACUUGUGUUUAACAAGCCCGCAGAUGAUUCUGAUGUACACUAAGCCUUGAAAACCACUGCAACAAAUGUCAAUUUAUGGUCCCUUCAAUGAGACUUUUCAAAGUCUCACGGCCUCUCUAGGGGCUCCUUGGUCUUCAGAGUCAUUCAUGGAAAGGCAAAGACUGUCCUAGAAGCAAAAGAAAGAAUGUAUGUGCGAGCAAGCCUGCUGGUCAACCCAUCCUGGGGAAAUUUUCCACAAGAACUAAGGGAUGUAGCUCAAUAAGUCCAUAAGAGGGCAGUGUCGCCCACUCAUUAUAGAAACUGGUACAGAAAGGAAUGUGAAUUUACCAGAAACAGAUAUUUCCUUAUUAUUUUAUCUGAGAACUCCAGACUACAAGUAUUUAUUUAUUUUAAGUUUGCUAUUUAAUAACUGUUUAUUAUUUUCAUUUAAUUUUAUUUACUCACCGUAAAGCAUGUUUCUGAAUGGAAGACUACUGAGACUUUUUUUAUUUUAUUUUUUAACUGAGGCUUUUUUUUUUUUUAAGAAAUGAAGUUGAGUUUGAUUUUCUAAGGGGUCUUUCUUAUUCAGAGGGAUUUUUUUCCCCUCUAGUGUUUUAAGUAAUUUUUAAAAAUAAAUGUGGGGAGUUCUGAACAGAGGGACCAGGAGCUGAUUUUAAGCUUGUAUAUGAUGGAGGCUUGAAUUGUGGGAUAUAUAAAUGAUGAAGCAUAUUUAUCCUGAAGGUACUUUGCCAGAAGAUAACACUUGACCUGGAAAAAGAACUUAUAUAGUUUAGGAAUUUUUUUAAAAAAUUCAAGGAAAUUGAAAGAAGUACUUAGUCGUUGGAAAUGUGAUGUCCUAUGAAGUUAUGUAUUAUGGGUGAUAGACAAAAUAGUUUGUGUUAGGUUGUUACGGUGAUGUGUCACAUUUUGACUUUGGAGACUGUAAGAAACCUGUUAGUUGUGUCUAAGAAAAUACUUUUCAUUUCUUCAAUUUCCAUUCCUACAAUUGUAAUGUUGAAAAAUAAGUUGGAAAGUCUUCAGGGUUACAUACAAAAAACUUGGCUGUAUUAUUCAAUAUGCUAUAAAUUUAUCUAGCCUACACCCAUGCUUCCCAAUGAUGACAGUGUGUCUGAGGAAUUAUAAUUUUAGCAGUAGGGGGAAGGUUUUGCCUCCCUUCUAAGUUGCAGUUGGUCUAUGUCCUGGUUUAUUAUGAAAUUAAUAUUGUCUUUUUUUAAAAAAAAUAGUGUAAUUUCCCAGACUGCCUUGCAUAGAUGCUAGCACGGUAGAUCACCAGAAUGUACUUCAAAUUGCUGUUGUGUUAAAUCAUAAAGGUAUAGCUAUCAUUUAUUGAUGCUUAAACUUGAAUUAUAUUCUUCCAGUGUCUGAACUGUUCCCUAGAAAUAAAUGGGCAAUUUUGAAAGCAGCAGCAAUAGUAGUGACAAACUUUUUUUUUAUCAUUUGGGUAUUUUAGUAUACCAAAGUUAUAAACUUCUGGAGUUAUUACUUUAUUUUAGUGACCAACUUUAUAUCUUUGGAAAUGUGUCUGCUUUUGAACAAUAGUUACACAUAGUAGAAAUUCAAUAAAUGCAUCUGAAUAAUUUAAUUAACUGGCUGUAUUAAUAGGAAUUUGUUGAUAAUGAAAUAUCAUCUAUCAUAUUAUUUGUCUGAUAUAAAGAUUGGAACCUCUACCAGUGUUUAAUCAAUUUCAGCUAAAUUGAUCCUAGGAAAAAAUAUUUCUUUCUUUCAUGGGAAUGUGAAUAAGGCUUUUCCUUAAGGUCUUCAUUCUAUAAACAAACAGGUUGCAAUGGUAUGUUGUAAAGGGAAGGGAAAGGUGUAUUUAGAUUAUAAGUACUACACAAAAAUGUCAGGGUUUGAAAAUGCAUGUGUUUGUACUAAAUGUUUAAGGGCUUCCCUUUUUUGUUUCUUGGGUUUACAAUCAUUUGGAUUAUUUUAUUUCACAAUAAAAGAUAUUCAUGUGGU